UUAGAAUAUAUAUAAAUGUGUGUGUGUAUGUGUGUGUGUAUGCAAAAAGUAUAUUUAAGUGGCUAUUGAUUAUGGAUAGAUAUUCCUGAUAUUCCUGAGGGUGGGGGCGUUAUGGAGAUCCUCAAAAAGCGGAUGGUCAGAUGAAAUGGCACACAGAGGAAACAUGAACACCUCGAGCAUUUACAGCACAUUCGGACGCUUCUUCCCAAACAACUUUUCUCUUUGGGAGCAUCUUCAGAAGAACUGGACCAGGCGUGAUUUGACGCCUUUCUCCAUCGACUUUCUGUUCGCGGGUCAUGAACCGGACACUAUAGUUUUAAUGGUGAUGUACGUGAUCUCUUUCGUGACCGGACUGGUGGGGAAUAUCAUGGCUCUGUGGGUCCUGACGCGCCGGAGGCAUCGUUUAUCUGGAGCUUCAGCCACCAGGAGACUCCUGGUCAACCUGGCGGUGUGCGACAUGAUGGUGGUGUGUGUCUGCAUGCCGGUUAACUUGGGACACCAGGUGUAUAACGUCUGGGUGUUUGGAGACUUUCUGUGUCGAGCUGUGCCGUUCGUUCAGGCGGUGUCCGUCUCUGCGAGCGUCCUGAGUCUGGCCGUGAUCAGUCUGAACAGAUACUACAGCGUCCACAGUCCUCUGCACGCCAGGGCUUUCUUCACGGCCAGCAGAAUGAUAUGCAUGAUAGCUGUGGUGUGGCUCGUGUCCUCGGCGUUAUGUCUGCCGUUAUUUUUCAUGAACACAACUAAGACGCUGUCCCUUCUAGACGAGCUGCAUACAGUGACCGUGUGCGUGGAAAGCUGGUCUAAAGUCAAACUGCGCCAGGGUUACAACUUUUUACUCUUCUGCGCGUUGUAUGGAUUCCCGGUGGUCUUUAAUUUAAUUAUUUGCUUCCUGACCGGUUGGAAACUGAGUAGAGGAGGCACGGCAUCAAUAUCAGAUCCCAACCAGCUCGCGCUGACCUCUUCGACAUCGCGCCUGAAAACGCGCAAGAGGAUCGCCAAAAUGGUCUUCGCGCUCGUGCUGCUCUUCACUUUCUCCUGGCUGCCUCUUUACACCGUGGACAUCUGGAUCGAUGCCAACAUCGCCAGCUCUCCUGAUCGAAACGACGAGAUGAGCAAUAUCGAGCAUCGUUGGAUUCUCCAGAGCAGACCCUUUGCGCAAUGGCUGGGUCUCACCAACUCGUCCCUCAAUCCCCUCUGCUACUGCUUUGUUGGAAACUUGUACAGAUCGGCCAAGAGGUUCAGAGAAAGCUACAGAGAGAAGAUGUCAUCGGUCUUGAGUCUGUCCAGUAAAUCUUCGAUUAGAAAUUCCGCGUCUAAAACCCAGCCGCGCAACUCUGGCUCGUCCAGGAGAUUUGCUUCGGAACCAAGGAGCUACACAGUUUUCAAGCUGACCAGAAGUAAAAGCGUGUCUUCGACGACCGUGUGUGAGAGUAUUUGACUUAUAGGGAGGAUGAGAAUUGUACAGACAGACUACAAACAAAGACGUUAAUGUUAAUAGGUUGAUGCUUUAUUAACAGCUUUCAUUGAUAGGUCAUUAUCAAACAUCAAAUGCUGCUUCAUGUAGGCCUACACUUCAGUCUAAAUAUAUAUUUUUAAAAGUUUCUUUGCAACACAAUAACAUGCUUCUAUUUUGCAUCUAUUUAUUAUUAGCUUUUUUAUAAUUAAAGAUUAAAAAGACAUUCCCAGAAUAAUUUUAAUUUGAAGAGUAUUUGGCAUGUGUUUUUUUCCAGUGUCGACAAAGCAUAAUGUAGUAUUGUUAAAUUAAAUUAAAUUAAAUUAAAUUAAAGAGGUUUUAAAAAUGUAUUAAUCAUAGUUAUUAUUUAGUAUAGAUGUCAAUUAUAUAUUUAUUUAGGCUAUUUUGUUGUUUUCUUUUGUUAUUAUUCUCAGUUAAAUAAAUGAAUACCAGACUUUUUCUGAAAUCAUAUGAGUGGAAACUUGUGGUCUGAUUUCUGGGGACAAACCCAGAGCGUGUGGCUCAAGUCAAGAUUAAUGUAUACCGCUCAGAGGCUUUAGCCCUGACGUGUGGUUGUCUGUUUUUCUUCUCACCAAUUUUCCCCAGCAGAAAUCUGAAGAGCUCUAAUUCUAAAUAAUAAAUAUUCCUAAUGCUAUACAUUAUGACUGUAUCAACUGAAAGUUAUAAGACAUUUACAAAAUUAAUGACAAAUUAGAGUUAUAUAACAACUUAAUGCUUUUGUUCCAGUGUUUACUGUCGCUCACGAAAAUGACUCUAUUGGAAAUUAAUAUAUUUAUUCUAUGUAAUUUUCUUAUUGUAAUAGCGUGACUAAUACAGAUGAUAAUUUGUUGUCACUAAGCUUGAGCACAGAUGUACACUCUGUCAGUGAAUAGCAACCCUGUAAUUAGACUAUCACAUCUCCACAAUUUUCUGUGCAGUUAAAUUAAUUUCACAUUAGUCCAGAUAAAAUGGCAUUCUAAGAUUAUCCUCAAGUGCAAAAGAUUUACUGUGAUCUGUGCAAGCAUGGUAAAGCUAUUUCAGAAAUGUGCCAGGUUCACUGAAAACUGUCUGUGCAUAAAUUGCUUAGAAAUGAAUGCAGGCAAGAUACAUCAGAUUGCAAAUGAGUGCUGAUUAUUGUACAUUUGACAUAAAGUCACUUCAUAUGCUGAUACCGUUAUAAAUAAGCUGUCUAAUGCUCUGCAUUUGACCCAUUUUAAUGAGUAUUUAAUUUUCAAUCAGUAGUGUUGCCACCACUUAAGCUUAAAAUGUGCAAACAUCGAUCACAUGAUACAUAUAAUAGUCUCACUUAAUAUGUCUUAAUAUUCUAUGCUUAAAUGUUUAACAUUGCAUUUGAAUAAUGUGUUGUCUCGUUUUUGAUAAAUCCGUUCAAAUUUCAAAACUCAUCCGAAGCACAGCGAAACUAGCUCUAUUUUUACAAAUAUAUUACUUCUUUUUUGAAUGGCCCUAAUGUAUUACCAUAAUUUACAUUUUUCACUGUUUAUAGCAGGGAAAAUAGAGUGACUAAGGCCUCUAUUUUGCUUUAAAAGAUCUCAAGAGUGAUUACAUUUACUUAAACUGAAUGUCUAGCACAAAUGGGCUCCUGUCAGUCACUGAAAACAAAUGAGUGCCUUAAUGGAUGUAGUGCCUCUGUUAAUAACCUCAGAGAGCUUGUGCUGUCAACCAUUCAAUCUCGUUUCAAAACAAAAGGAACGUCGGUGACAAACCAUGUCAUUUGAUGUGGCUUUAAAAGCGUAAUUCAAAGUUUAAUACUGAAAUAAUUACUAUUAAUUUAAAUUUUAUUAAUAAUUCACACCUGAUGUAGUGAAUAAAUGCCACAAUAUUCAAAGGCAUGUUCAUAGGCAGUCUAUGAAUGAUCUGAAAUUUCCUGCAAUAACCA